UUUAACAAAUGAUUCUCCUCUAAACACACAACCUCUUUUAAAACUGCCACUCGCUCGCAUCUCCCUCUCUCACUAUCUCUCUCUCUCUGCGAACAAUCACUAAUGUGGAGGCGCGGUGUUUCUCUCUCGUCGAUGCUUUCUUCGUCUAAAUCGCGCCUCCUAAAUCAGAUGCAGGUGGCCUAUGGAUUCAAUGCUUCCCAAGUUUUCUCUACUCGCGUUCUGAAUCCGGCAGAAGAUGGAGUCUCUGGUGCAAGAAGGAAACCAUUUGUAACUUUCGUCUUGGGUGGUCCAGGGAGUGGAAAAGGUACUCAGUGUACAAGGAUUGUUAACACCUUUGGAUUUACCCACUUGAGUGUUGGGGAUCUGUUGAGGAAAGAAAUAUAUUCUGAUAGUGAAAAUGGUUCCAUGAUUCUUGAUACAAUCAAGGAAGGGAAAAUUGUUCCCUCAGAAGUGACUGUUAAACUGAUAAAAAAAGCCAUUGAAGCCAGUGAAAACAAUAGAAUUCUUGUUGAUGGCUUUCCAAGAAGUGAAGAGAAUCGUAUAGCAUAUGAGCGAGUUGGUGGGGUUGAACCAGACAUUGUGCUUUUCUUUGAUUGUCCUAAAGAAGAAAUGGUGAAACGAGUGCUAAACCGUAAUCAGGGGCGAAUUGACGAUAAUAUUGAUACAGUCAAGGAAAGGUUGAGCGUAUUUGAAGAACUCAACCUUCCUGUGAUCAAGUAUUACUCCGAGAAAGGAAUACUUCACAAGAUCGAUGGUACUGGAACAGAAGAUGAAAUAUAUGAAAGGGUUCUUCCAAUAUUUGCUGCAUUGAGUUGGUCAGUUGGUGCACUCAAGAUGUCUAGUCAAAUAUCAAUUUGUCCAAUAUGCAAGUAAAUCUUUUCAUACAACAGAAAUUAAUUGGCUGUGCUAUCAGUGUUCAUUUCUUGUAAAAUCAUAAUGUUCUGUCUCACAUUGGUUAUUCAUAAAUGAUUAGAUGGUGACCGAAUCGCACAUGCCUUUACAUUUAUUUGUUUUGUAUUUGUUGAACUUGUUAACUUAUAAUAUGCUUUUAAAUGCCAGGUGAUCCCAUGAUUUCUGAAACCACAAAAACACUGAGAAGAUGACAACUUUAUUGAUCUAUUAAACACAAUAAUUUGUUUUAC